ACGUACCGAUGGAUCUUAUAUAAACUCCGGUACGAUCUAUAUUCUCACACAGUCAGUAUUCGCCAACAACUCUAGCAGUGUGUUCACACGACGGCACCAUGAUGGUACAAAUCUUUUCGAUUUUGCUAGUGAUUACUUCAGGCGUUCUUAGUAGCGUCACGCAACAAGUUUUGUCCAGUACUCAACCGGGACAGACAUUACAAAUUCAACCCAACGUGAGAAAAUACAACAAACACACUUCCACCGAAAGUACGUAUGCCGCGAACAAGGAAAAGAAAUGUUCUACUGGCACGCGAAAAGACAAACCGGAAACGUCGGACAGCCAGGACUACGUGCCUGUGGGAUCAGCUCCGGGAUACCCAUACCCGUACCCGUACUCUCCAUACGCGUACCCAGCCUUGAACCCCAACGGCCUGGUUCUACCGCCCGCCGGUAAUCCGUACCGCUUCCAAUACCCGUACGAACCGCAGUACCCGGUUGACGCACCGCCGCCGUACUACGCGCCGUAUCCGGCACCAGCUUACUACCAUCCGUCGCCGUAUCCGCCGCAGCCUCUGUACGAUCAACCCAGCGUGAUUGACGCUUACCGUUCUCCGUUCUUGGGGUACCCGUCAGCCGAACAGUCUCAGCUGUUCAGACAGCCUGUGCCACCACCACUGCCGUAUUACUAUCCGUCACAUCCACACGUCCGAGCCCAUUCGUACAACAGGCCCACUGCAGUACCCCAACAACGCGAUGCUACCGAACAAUACGAGCAACCCCAGCAGAGUACGUCAUACGAAAACAAUCAACAGCAGCAGCAGCAGCAGCAGUUUCAUUACUGAAAUCGUGGAACGUGUAAAACAGAUUGUUCACUAUUUUGCGCUUAUGCGAAGUAAAAGCAAAACAAGCAAUAGUUAUUAUGUUUGAACUGUUGAAAAACCUUAUUAGACAUUUCCAAUUUUUUAUUGAUUAAAACUAUAUUUAUUCCGUAGAAGAUGUUUAAAAUUCAACAUGAUAUACAUUACUACGAGUAUUAUUAUUAUGGAGUACUAUUUAAUUUGCCAAAUCAAAUAUAUAUUAUUUAGAUUAGAUUGUAAAAUGUAUGUAAUAUUAGAUGCUUAUGCGUUAUUUUUCUAA